CUUUUGUCGUGCACCUGACACCACUAUGGAUGACUAUCCGAUGUACGGGUUACUUGUUGGGUUCUCCUUGUGGGGGACCCUCUGGCGUCUCCUCUUCCCCCUGGGAUUCUGGCCCACGCUCACGUGUAGAGUAGGCACCCGGGGCAGCACCUCCACUACACCUUACACGAAGGAGGAGGAGAAGAUGGCCGCCAUCCUGCAGGAGAGAAAAGAGAAGAAGGAGGCCAAGAAGAAGGCCCUGCAGGAGGAGCAGGCAGCAAAGUUGAGAAAGAUAGACGAGGAGAUGGCCAGAGAAAAAGAGAGGUUGGAGAAGAAAGAAGAGGAGAAGUUGAAGGAGGUGGAAGAGGAAGAAGAGGAUGAGGUGCCACUGCAAAGGAGGAGAGGGCAGCACAGUGGCAACAAGGAUGAAGAGAUGGAGAAACGAAUUUCGGAGUGGGUCGCCAACUUAUCCCUGGGCGAAGAAGAAGAGGUAACUAUGUACAUCCCCAAGGACGAGCAGGAAACCGCUAUGAAGAAAUGGAAAGCAGAAGAAGAUGUUCUGAAGCGGCAGGCGAUGGAAGAUGAAACGAGGAUGGUGUGGAAACUCGCAAUGAUGAGGGAGAAGAAAAGAAGAGUGGAGGCGGCGAGUGCAGCAAUGUAGGAAUUGGCGGAGGUACGGACUUUAACUACCCAGUUGACCACCCAGGUAGACCUCCAACAAAAGGUACAGAUCAUC